AUGGGAGACACUCAGGAAACAGUCAUUCAACAAGCUGAUGUUGUUCAAGCUGGAAGUGGAACCAGUUUUGACUCCAACAGUCCUCUUUUCCUUCAUGCUUCUGAUGCUCCAGGAAUGACCUUGGUUAUCAACUCUUUUGAUGGAAGAGGAUACCAAGGCUGGAGGAGAUCUGUGCUCAUUGCACUCUCAGCUAAAAACAAGCUGGGAUUUAUCAAUGGAAAAUGUGCUGAACCUGAGGCAACAGCCAAAGACUUCCCUCAGUGGAGCAGAUGUAAUGAUAUGGUUACAUCUUGGCUCCUUAACUCUUUGUCCAAAGAUAUAGCUCAUUCUGUGAUAUAUUCAAGAACAGCAAAGGAUCUAUGGAAAGAUUUGGAACAAAGGUUUGGACAAUCAAAUGGUGCAAAGUUAUAUCAUCUGCAAAAAGAGAUAACAGGAUCAGCUCAAGGGUCUAAUGAUGUUGCAAGCUACUUUACAAAGCUGAAAAGAUUAUGGGAUGAGUUGGAUUCUCUUAACACAGAUAUUGUGUGCAACUGUGUGUGUAUCUGUGAUGGGAAACACAAAAUGAUCAAGUCUGUGGAGGACCAAAGGUUGAUUCAAUUCCUGAUGGGGCUCAAUGAUGGGUAUGCUCAAGCAAGGGGGAACAUUCUCAUGAUAAACCCCUUACCAAGCAUCAACCAUGCAUACUCCCUUUUGCUUCAGGAUGAGAAUCAGAGGGAGGUUUACAUGAAUCCUCAUUAUCCAUCUAAUGGAUCAUCUUUCAUGACAGGAAAUCAGACCAAAGGACAACAAAAAUUUGGAAAUCAGAUACAAAGAUUUGGAAAUCAAACACAAUCACAACAAAGGUAUGGAAACCAGUUUCAAACACAAAGGUUUCAAAAUGGAAAUCAGAGGUUUAAUCCAAACCAAAGGGGAGGAAAAGGGAGGAAGAAGAAGUACAAUCCAAAUGUAACUUGUACUAACUGUUUGAAAACUGGACAUGUCAUGGAUGAUUGCUAUAGGCUCAUAGGAUAUCCAGAUGAUUUUCAAUUCACAAACAACAAAGAGCAGGUCAGUGUCAAAGGAAAUGCAGCAAUCACAGAUGAGGAAUUUGGAAAUAUGAGCAUGGGAAAUGAUGACAAUGAUAUAAAUGGACUGAGUCAACUAAGCAAGGAUCAAGUUUCACAAAUCAUGCAGAUCUUCAAGCAAAGUCAGAAUGGUGUCUCAAGCAGUAACACAACAGAAAUUAAUGCCAACACUGUUGCUGGUACUAUUACUAGAUACUCUGGUUCUUGUUUCUCAGUUUACAAUACUAAGUCAUGGAUAGUUGACUCAGGGGCAUCCGAGCAUAUGUGUUUUAACUCUAACUCUUUUCUUAAUCUCACUCCCCUUCCUGCUCCUUUAAAUAUCAACCUACCCAACUCUUAUAGGAUUCAAGUCACACAUACAGGAAGUGUUCAAGUUCUCCCUAAAAUUAUUUUACAAAAUGUGCUUUUUGUUCCUUCUUUCAGAUAUAACCUUUUAUCUGUCAAUAGAAUCUGUAGACAAUUUCUUUGUUCUCUCAAAUUUGAUAUCACUCAAUGUGUCAUGCAGGACCAUUUAAUGAGGAAGGUACAAGCUUUUGGUGAAGUAAGAGAGGGUCUCUAUGUCCUGGAACCUACUGAUUUUAGGAAUCCUAGUCUAUCACAAAUCAAUGUAGUUAAUUUACAAGAAGGAAAUUAUUCCAGUAGUGGUCAAGUUUCUAAGUCUUUUCCUUUUUCUCGCUAG